AUGAAGGAAUUACACGACGCAUAUGGUGAUGUUGUCCGAAUUGCCCCAAAUGAGCUCAGCUUCAGCUCGGCGACAGCAUAUAAAGAAAUCUACAACCAUGCCUCGAAGAAUCCUGGCGCUUUCUUGAAGAGUGAGAUAUUUUAUAGGUCCGACCCGGCCACCACUCGCCCCGACAUAGUUUUUGUCAAGGACCCUGAAGAUCAUCGAAAUCAACGAAAGUCCCUCUUUCACGCCUUCAGUCUGAAGACAUUGAGAGAGACUGAGAGCACUGUCCGCCACUAUGUUGACCAGUUCGUCCAUAGGCUUGGGCAAAACGGAGGCCCGAAAACCAUAGGAGUUGAUACCUCUACAGUAUACAACUGGCUCACAUUUGACAUCAUCGCUGACUUGACGUUCGGCAAAUCUUUCAACUCCAUCUUUGACUGGAAACCCAGUGCAUGGGUUUCACUACUCUUGGACUUUACAAGUCACCUAACUCUUCUUCCAGUCAUCAAUCGUUUAUCGGUACCCGGUUUUGUCUUGCCUUUUCUCAUGCCAAAGGCUCUCAAGCAAAGUUUAGACCUCCAUAAUAAGAUGACUGAAGAGAUGGUCGAACAUCGUAUCAAACUAGGUGAUUUACACGAUCGAGAGGAUUUCUUCGCCUAG